UUUGCUUUUUCUAAAUACAAACAAAAGAGAGACAGAUAGAGAGAAUGGAUCGCCGUUACGAUCAAGCACCAAGAGAUAGAUACAUGUAUUCGAGAGGUCGGUUUGAUGAUAGACCUCAUGGACGCGAUGAAGGAUAUUAUAGACGAGAUGAUGGACCUUGGAUGAGCAGAUACCCACAAACACAACCAGCACCACAAGCAGCAGCAGCAGCAGCGGCGACAGCACCAAGGAGACAUCAUGAUGGCUAUAGUCGCGACCAUUACUCACGUAGACAACCUUCACCUACGCAUCGUCCCGAAGAGAACAGACAUGUGCUGGACGAAAAAAGAAAAGAGGAUGAUGACCGCAAACCAAAGGUAGAUGUACCUUUAGAACCCACCGCCGUAGUGAAAAAGGAACAAGAAAGCGUCAAAAAAGUAUAUAAAGAGGCUGUUGUCACCUUUGAUUCGGACGAUGAGGCUGAAAGAGACGAAGUAGUAAGACCACCCAUUGUCGAAACUGGAAACGACUCGGAUGAGACAGUCACCGAGAAAAAAACAGAAGAGGACUUACCAGACGCUUGGGCAACCCAUGUGUCAGACAAAGGAGAAAAGUACUAUUAUAACAAGAAGACAAGAGAGAGUGUGUGGGAUAAACCAACAUCAGAAAAGAUCGUCAUCGUCAAAACUACAGAAGAAAACAAGCGCAAGUUUGUAUUGCCUGACCGUGAACGCACGCAUCAUCCUUACCCUCGUCGCUAUGACAACAGACCUUUACCACAUAUGCCUUAUGAUUACCAUAGACCCCGCUAUCACCAUUAUCGCUCCAUUUCACCUCCUCCCCCAUCCUCCUCCUCGUCGUCAGGACCAGAUAGAUAUUAUCGUCAUCCUGCACCCAGAGACCCUUGGUUACAUCAUCCUCCGCCUUACCGCCAUCAUUUGGAUUAUGCACCGUUACCCCCUCCUCCUCCUCCAAGAUGGAUGUCAGCCAGAAGAUUAGAUUUCGAUAGAAGAGAACCACUACCACAUUACAUGCAUCGCAAUACCAGAGAUUACAGAUAAUACACUCACUCACCUACACUCACUCAACAUAGAUCACUUUUUUUUGUUUGAUUUCCAUAAAAAAAAAAUCUACCACGUCUAUUCAAAUAUAUCUCUCUAUUUAUACAUAUAUAUAAAAAAAAAAGUCUCAUUUAAAUCCUCCCCAUUGUCCUGCUGCUGCUGCUACUACUGAUAUCACAC